CUUUUGUUGAUUUCCGGUCAGAAUUUCUGAGAAGUCAAAGAAUGUAUUUAACGUGAAAUCUCUUAAAUAAAACGGUGUCUAGAAGUUUUUUUAAAAAAAAAAAAUGGGUGCCUUGUUUGGAAAAAGUAAAAAGGCAUCUAGGGUAACAGAGCAGGAUAAUGCCGUACUUCAACUAAAGAUACAGCGAGAUAAACUGAAACAGUAUCAAAAGAAAAUCACAAUUCAGUUAGAGAAAGAAAGAGAGUUAGCUCGUGCAUUGUUGAAAGAGGGUAAAAAAGAUAAAGCUAAACUGUUAUUGAGAAAGAAGAAAUUUCAAGAAGGAAUGUUAGUAAAAACAGAUGGUCAAUUAGAUAAUAUAGAACAAAUGGUAUCAAAUAUAGAAUUUGCUCAAAUAGAAGCUGAAGUUGUGAAAGGUUUGGAGAAUGGAAAUAAUUCUUUAAAGAGAAUGCAUGAGAUGUUUUCAUUAGAUGAUGUGGAAAGAAUAAUGGAUGACACAAAAGAUAGUAUAGAAUAUCAACAAGAAAUUAAUGCGUUAAUUUCUGGUGGUUUAACACAAGAAGAUGAAGAAGAUGUAUUAGCAGAAUUAAAUGAAAUCCUACAGCAAUCUGGUGAAAGUGAAGAAAAUAUAAAUCUACCUGAUGUCCCCACAGACAAAUUACCAUCUGCAACAAAAGAACGAGAGAGACCAUCAAGACAAGCCGUGCCUGCAUCUUGAAACAAUUCAUACCUAUGAGAUUUAGUUAGCUGGUUUCUCUAAACACCUGAAUAAAAAUUGUGUUAUAUAGUAUUAUUGAAUGCAGUUUGUUUGCAUAAAACAAAAUAAUGGAGGUUAUAUUAAAAUUCAAUCUGAUUAAAAUACAGAUCUAUAUUUCGUUUCGCUUUUUUAUACUUUCGAUGGCCUACACUACAUGAAGAUCUGACAGGUUGUAGCUAUAGGUCACGUUAUAGGUCAUACAAGCGACUUUUGACCCUAUGAUGUCAGAGAUUUGAUUUACCAAUCAGCAUUGACGUUUCUAGUGGUUUACCCACAGUUCCAUGCAUUGCAUGCCAAGAGUUCACCAUAACAGACCAUUUCAUUCGCUAAUCUUCCAGGUCCUAGUGUAGUAAAGACAAAUAAAAUGAAAUUUUGAACUAUAAAAAAAGAAACGAAAUAGGAUUUGUGUUUUAAUCGGAUUGACAAGAUAAUUGCAUGUAUUAAUGUCAAAGUUUUAACAUGCUCUUUUAUAGAUGGUCAGACUGCACAAUUUGCAAUUUGAUCUCCAAUAACAAACAUUUAUUUAUUUCACUCUGCCUUUCAUUAGUGUAAAGAUGAUCAUACAUAUAUACAUUUUAAAAUACAGAUGUGACAUCAUAAUUUGAUGUUGACAUACCAUUCUAUCAAAUAAUGGUAUGGGCAACGUGCCAAGCGUACAUUAUUUAUACUAGUUGCUAUAUUGGACCCGGGUGACGGAUUUCAUUGAAAUGCAUGUACUGGAUAGUGUCUGUAUUUUAAGUUGUUUAAUGGUCUCAUGCAAGACAUUGCAUUAUAUAUUGAUACAGCCCUUGGACUAAUGCCCUCGUGCAAUAUCAAUAGAUUAAUUAAUGUUUCGUACUCAACCAUUAAACUACACAUUACAUCUGAAACGCUAGAGAAAGAGCAGACAGCUAACUUAGGAUUUAAUGUAAAUCAGAAUGUAGUACAAGUUGUUGAUUUUUUUUUUUAACUGGGUGUAUUUUUUUAUUUAUUUAUGUAUAUAUGUGUAAAAAAUUAGCUGCUGAGUUAGUUUUACAUUCAUAAGAUUUAUUAUAUAUUCAAUACAAAUAUAAUUUUUUUGACAGGGGUUGAUUAUUUUUAUACUUUCAGUGCUUUUUGUUCAAAUUAAAAUUAUGACAUAAUUUUGAUCAUCUUAUAUUAAUGCAUUUUCUAAAAAUCUCCUGAUUUUGUAAUGGUUAAAAAUGUCCUUUUCUAACUAGUGAGAAUUAGUAUAUAUUGUAAAUAUAUUGAAGUCGAAUCACUAUUGCUAUAUAAUGAAUUAGUACGUUACUAAAAGAAAGAAAUGACCUUAAAAAUGUAUGUUUAAAAUCAUGACUUGUAAAUAAAUGUAAUUUUUAUUUAUAAAAUUGAAACUGUCGCAUUGUUUGUAGUUCACAUAUAGGCCUAUACACAAGUAUCUAAAAGACUUAUGUCUGUUCACUCACUUAAAGAGACAUUUAACUGAAUUGGAUAUGCUUGACUAGCGACAUAUAUUUAUUAUAGCAUUGUAUCAAUGCCAUUUGUAGCUAAAAUCUUCACUUUAAAACUAAG